UUUUUAUAUUUGUUGUCCAACAAAAUAUCAGCAUAAAAAAAUAAGCAUUUACAGAAAAUGGUUUUUAAAUUCAGUUAGAAGUUUAACAUAACAACAAAAAAGGGGUGGUGAAAUGGUUAACUAAAAAGUUCAUGCUUAGGUGGUGGGCUCAAAUAGAUUAUGAAUGAAGAAAUCUAGAAAAGUCUACAUUAUUGCAGUACAAGUCUGCAUUGAUUUAGUGCAGGAAUAUACAUUUUACAAAAUGACUUCAAGUGAAGCAACACAAAAUAAUAAUAUCAAAGAAAUAUAUGAAAAACAAGCUGCUUUUUUGGAAAUGAAACGAAGUAAUUAUAAAAUAAAGGAGGCUAGGUUAAUGGCUAUAAAAGAAGAAAAAAAGAAUCUUGUAAAAAAGAUCGAAGAAAUACAACAAAAAUUGAAUCCAGUUACCUUUCUUGUUGAAUCAACUCAACAAGAACAAAUUCAAACAAACAUAGCAUUGACUCAAAGACCUGGGAAUGACACCUUGCAACUGAAAUAUAGCAGCAUUCAAAGAGAUUUAGAAAAAUAUUGUGGCGAAGAAAAAAAAUUAGAAGAUAUAAUGCAAUCUGUGUAUGACAAUAUUAUGUCGUUAGACGCAAAAAUAUCCAAACAAUAUUCCAUGUUAUUUUUAUUAAAGGACGAGUUGUUCGAAGAGGAAACGAAACUAUUGAUCGCAAAAAGAAAUUUACUGGCGAAAACGUGA